CUGACAGCUCUUCCAGCGACGCCUCCAUCGGAGGAAGAGAGGGAGCCCUGGAUCGGGCGAAAGAGCCCCAUCGCUGGGGAGGGAAGGCUUUCCCAUCAAAAAUGCUGGGGCCUAAGGAAGCUCCUUGACCCUUCAGAAGACUUUCCAGGAAAGCUGCUUUUGCUGGUAGAAAGCACAGAAGGAUUUCAAGAGGAAAGGAAGGAAGGAAGGAAGGAAAAGUGAAAUUGAAAAGGGACAAUGGCAAGGAGGAUGGAUCCCCCCAAAGCAAAUGUUCUAGGCCUUGAAGGAUUUGGAAAGUGUGACUCAUUAGGAGCUGUGGUGGUCCUUUUGAUCCCACUGGACCUAUGAGGCAUGCAAGGCCGAGACCCUUGGCAAGCAGGUUCCGUGGUGGCCACCGAUUCUAUGGAGCAAGCAUGCAAGGAGGUGGGAGACUGCAGAGGAGUCUGGGAUGCCACCUCGGUGACCCCCAACCCCUUCUGGACAGCAGUCUUUGACUAUGAGGCAGCAACAGAAGAGGAGCUCACUUUACGGAGGGGAGACCGGGUGGAAGUCCUCUCGAAGGAUUCCACCGUCUCUGGGGAUGAGGGUUGGUGGACUGGCAAGCUCCAGGACAAGGUGGGCAUCUUCCCAAGCAACUACGUCACCUGCAACCACAAGUACACCCAGAUCCAGGGCUCCUUCAGCUGCCCGCCUCCCCUGGAAAUCUCCUUCCUAGAACUGGAACUGGACGAGAUCAUUGGAGUGGGGGGCUUUGGGAAGGUCUACAAGGGGUUGUGGAGAGGGGAAGAGGUGGCUGUGAAGGCCAUGCGCCAAGACCCCGAAGAAGACAUCGCAGUGACAGUGGAGAAUGUGCGGCAAGAGGCUCGGCUCUUCGCCAUGCUGCGCCACCCCAACAUCAUUGCCCUCAAGGCUGUUUGCCUCAACCCACCUCACCUGUGCCUGGUGAUGGAGUACGCCCGUGGAGGGGCACUCAACCGGGCACUGGCAGGCAAGAAGGUGCCUCCCCAUGUGCUGGUCAAUUGGGCUGUCCAGAUUGCCCGGGGCAUGAACUACCUCCACAAUGAAGCCAUCGUUCCUAUCAUCCACCGAGAUCUCAAAUCCAUCAACAUCUUAAUCUUGGAGCACAUUGAGAAUGAGGAGGACUUGAGCGGCUGCACCCUCAAGAUCACAGACUUUGGCUUGGCCCGCGAGUGGCACAAAACCACCAAGAUGAGCGCAGCUGGCACCUAUGCCUGGAUGGCGCCUGAAGUCAUCAAACACUCCCUCUUCUCCAAGAGCAGUGAUGUUUGGAGCUUUGGGGUGCUGCUGUGGGAAUUGCUGACUGGUGAGGUCCCAUACCGGGAGAUUGAUGCCCUCGCUGUGGCCUAUGGUGUGGCUAUGAACAAACUGACAUUGCCUAUCCCUUCCACCUGCCCUGAACCCUUUGCCCACUUGCUGGAGGAGUGCUGGAACUCGGAUCCCCACGCUCGACCAGACUUCAGCUCCAUCCUGCAGCAGCUGGUGGCAAUAGAGCAGUCUGCAAUGUUCCAGAUGCCACUGGAGUCCUUCCACUCUUUGCAGCAGGACUGGAAAGUGGAGAUUGCAGGCAUGUUCCACGACUUGCGGACCAAGGAGAAAGAGCUGCGGAGCCGAGAGGAAGAACUGCUCCGUGCGGCUCAGGAGCAGAAGACCCAGGAAGCAGAGUUGCGGCGGCGUGAGCAGGAGUUGGCAGAACGUGAAAUCGACAUUGUGGAACGGGAACUGAACCUCAUCAUGAUGCAGAUGGGCCAGGAGAGACCCAGGGUCAAGAAGCGGAAGGGGCACUUCCGACGUUCCCGCCUUAAGCUGCGUGAUGGCAACCGCAUCAGCCUUCCAUCAGGGUUUGAGCACAAGAUCACAGUGCAGGCAUCCCCUACUCUUGACCGGCGGAAAGGGCUGGGGGCUAAUGGGGCCAGUCCUCCUGGGAGCCCCAGCAUCAUCCCCCGCCUCCGUGCCAUCCGCUUGACUCCCUUGGAUGGAAACCGGACAUGGGGCCGCAGUACUGUGAUCAAGAAGGAGGAGCUGGUGGGGACCAAGAAGAAAGGCAGGACAUGGGGGCCCAGUUCUACCGUCCACAAGGAGAGACUCGGAGGAGAGGAAAGGUUGAAGUCCCUGACUGAAGGGAGCAAGCAGUGGUCCUCCAGUGCACCCAAUUUGGGCAAGUCUCCCAAGCAUGCGCCGUUGGUUGGGGGCUUUGCUAGCCUCACAGAGAUGGAGGAGUACACAGAAAAGGAGAGCAGCACGCCUCACUCACCAUAUAUGCCCCUUUUGCCACCACCAGCAAGUGAAGGAGAUGUCAGUCUGCGGUCCCUGCCACCCAGUUUAGAGUGGCCCAAGCGAGGCUCAGCCCCCACACAUCAUCAUCGUCGCAGUGAGCUGGUGCUGCUGGGCUGUGCAUCCAUCUUGGCCUCCAUUGCUCUGGGUGCCGAACUGGCAGAGUUGGCAGGUGAAGGGUUGAGGGCUCAUGCUGCUUCAGGGCCCUCCAGCUCUGUUACCCUCCUCUCCCUCUCGUCCCUCUCGGACUGCAACUCCACCAAGUCCCUUCUGCCUUCGGACAGCGAUGAAGCCCCCAUGUAUGAGCCUCCUUGCCUUCCUGAGAGCCCACCGCCAACUCCUCGCUACAACCCCCUGGUGGAUGUCACUAUCGAGAGUUUCAAGAAAGACCCCCGCCAGUCACUCACCCCCACCCAUGUCAGUGCCAAGCAGGCGGUCAGCAGGGGCCACCGCCGGACGCCAUCCGAUGGGGCCAUCCGUCAAGGUCUGCAGGGGACUGACUGCCAAGGGUUCCAGGAUACUUUGCUCUUUCCGCGCCUGCCGGACCUUCCUUCCCCCAGCACCUCCCAAACUGGCCACAAGGGCUCAGAUCAAUCCUCUCUGGACACCAUGCCAGUUGAGCGGCCCCGGACACUGGCCUUUGCACCCCGGCCUCGCCCAGCCCCAGUCCGGCACCGCAUUGACCCUUGGAAGCUCAUCUCACUGAGCCGGACGCCAGGGGGCAACUCCUCACCAGGGGAAGCCACCAAAGGAACAGCGGCCCUCCGCCAGACCCUUCUGGACAUGGACAUGGAAGGGCAGAACCGGGACAGCACCGUGCCAUUGUGCGGGGGCCAGACCCCAUGCUGCAGCCUGGAGACAGACAUAUCUCAUUGACACAGUGGCUCUCCUUCAGCUGGAUCAGUGCUAUCUGCCCUAGCAUCUCAGAAGACCUGUGUCUCUCUUAGGGUUGCCAGGUUGGAUACAAGACAGGACUUCUCUAACUUUAAUCCUAAAAAAACCCAUGGAACAGAACCAAGUAACAUAAAACUCCAUCACUCUAGUGGGACGAAGGUACCUUUCCUCCCUCUCUUUCCAAACCCCAACUUUCAGCUGUUGCCAUCCCUCUCCCAUGGCUUUUUGGUCUAAGGGGGGAAACAGGUGGAAGACAUGUGCCUGUUGGUUGUCUAUAUUGUUGUGAAAUCUGAUUGCGUAUUGGCCAGAUUGUCCCAAUGAGUGAGAUAUUUUUGUCAUGAGAUAUCUCAAUUUUUAAAAACAGUUUGGACAGACCCUUAGUUGGGUGCUGCACCGUGCGAUUUCCCCCUGCUCUCCACUGUUUAGGAUUAAAGUUAUCAGAGCUCGCUCCCUGAUUCAACCUGGCAACGUAGUCUCCUGAGAUUCCAGGUCGCAUGGCAAGAGAGAAACUGAGCUGGGAGGUGGGAAUGUGCUGCAGGCACUUUUAUUUAUUGAUUGCUGUGGGCAUACCAAGCGGAACUCUUUCCCAUGCAAUGAGACGGCUCAUUGCAUGCUCUGUCUGUGCGUGUGGCUGUGAAUGAGGGUGCUGAUGCGUAUGUAUGCCCUGGUCUCCAUAAGUAAUGUCUGAUCCAAGCAUUUGUGGUCCUGAUUCUGUUUCCUUUUUUUAAAAAGAAAAGAAAAAAAAAAGAUGAGUGUCUGAAAAGUAAAAUGCCUUGUCGCCAGUUGCCCCAAGUCAACCCUUUAUGAAUGGGAGACCUCCAAAGAGUCAUCAACAGCUCAGGCUUUGCAAUUUCAGGGCAGCCGUGGCUUCCUUGACAGAGUCUGUAAUGUGAUUUUCCUCAUUUCCUCCUGUC